AUGAUGAUACAUGGCUUCCUGGCCGUGCUCUGGGCCAUGAACGCCAAUGCACUUUACGGAACUCGGCCAUUCUUUCAGGAGGAGUUUACUCUCAGUCAUGCCUUCUUCCACGAGCUUGGAACUUCUACUGUCGGGGGAGCAUUCCACAGCAUAUCGGCUUCCGUAUAUGAUAUAUUACAGUUGACGUCCGAAAACAAGUACGAGUCCAUUCGACCUGCGGUAAUCAGAUCCCGGCCUAUGCUUCUGAGUCAUCGUGUUCAGCAAUCGCCGAGACCUCUACAACCGAACUUCAAUGAGCCCGUCACAGAUUACGACACAAAAGGGGAAGAAGUCGCAUGGGGGCAGGUACCGACUACCAUCCCAGACGUGUCCAAUAAGCCGACAGAGAUCAACCUGGCAAGGAUGUGCAGUGAUGCUUAUGUGCUGGCUCCCUCGGAGCCGGAUUGGCUGAACCGCUCGCUUGGCUUCAAUCGCUCCGACAGCUUUGGAUGGAAAGGCGACGGUCUACGUGGUCAUGUCUUCACCGAUAAGAAGAAUGAGACAGUCAUUGUCGCAUUCAAGGGAACAACAAUCGAUCCGCGCGAGAAGUGGAGAAAUAACGAUCGCCUGAAUGACAACCUUCUUUUCAGCUGCUGUUGUGCAAGUCAGCGCCCCGAUCCUUUCUGGUACGGCCCUGUGUGCAAUUGCAACACCGAGACGUUUGGAUGUAAUGCAACUUGUCUCACGCGAGAAUUGCUCCAGAAGGACAGAUAUUACCCAACGGCUAUUGCCAUCAUGCAAAACGUCACGUCCUGGUAUCCGAAUGCUACGUUCUGGGUUGUUGGCCAUUCUUUGGGUGGCGCGAUUGCCAGCCUCGUUGGUCUGACGUUCAAUAUGCCGUCGGUUGCAUUCGAAGCACCUCCGCAGAGGCUAGCGGCUCAAAGACUUGGACUGACGAUCCCGCCGCGCACAAUGGACUACCAUAUCGGCAACACUGCGGACCCUGUCUUCAUGGGCGCCUGUAACGGGAUGGCAUAUGAGCAUCAACAAUCACCGGUUGAACGUCGUCAUACCUGA